AUGCCCGUUGUCAUAGCUCGCUCACUGCAGAAGGAUGCCAUCGCCUCGGUGGAAUCUGACUCCUCAAAAUCAUCAGACGUUGAAAAGAACCCCAUCAUCUUGACUAGUAAGCCUACUACUGCCUCUGAUGAUUCAACGCUUGGCGAUACCUCCGACGACCGCCGCUUUUGGUUCCAGCGGUCGAAAAGCCAUGACUCAAAUGCCAUCGCAACCCAGCCGUCAGUGUUCGACGAUCCUGAACUUAUCUCCGAAUAUAGACCCCGACCAGAAUGGGAAAACGCUCACCGCUUCGACCCAUCAGCAAGAUGGACAUGGGGUGAAGAGAAUAAAGCUGUCAGAAGGCUCGACAUGCGAAUCAUGGUACUAGCAUGCAUGAUGAUGACAGCAUUGGAGCUUGAUCGCUCGAAUAUCCAGCAAGCCAACGCCGAUAAUUUCCUAUCUGAUCUCGGAUUAUCAAGGAAUGACUAUAACCUCGGAAAUACCAUCUUCAAGCUGUUUUAUCUCUUAAGCGAGAUUCCCGCCCAGCUUAUUGGCAAAUAUAUCGGCGUCGAUCGGUGGAUCCCCAUACAAAUGACCUCCUGGUCGUUGGUAGCCCUCUGUCAGUUCUGGCUGCGGGAUAGAACAUCUUUCUUGGUUUGUCGGGCCUUGAUUGGUAUGUUCUCAGGAGGGUUUACGCCUACCAUGAUCCUAUAUCUCUCUUACUUCUAUAAGCAUCAUGAGCUUUCUAUCCGUCUAGGGUUCUGGUACUCUGCACAGGCAGUCGCGGACGUCCUAGCAGGGCUUCUAGCGUAUGGCAUACUGCACCUACGUGGCUAUGCUGGCCAGGCUGGUUGGCGUUGGCUUUUCUUAAUCGAGGGCUCCUUCACUUUACUUCUCGCCAUUCUAUCUUUUCUUUUCCUACCACCGUCUGUGACACAGACGGCGAGCUGGGCACGGGGCAAAAAGGGCUGGUUUACGGAGCGGGAAGAAAUAAUUCUGGUCAAUCGCAUUAUUCGCGAGGACCCAAGCAAGGGCUCUAUGGGAAACAACGAACCCUUAACAGCCAAACUUGUGUGGCAGAGUUUCAAAGAUUACGACCUGUGGCCACUCUACAUGAUUGGUCUUAUUUUCUUGGUGCCAUAUAGGAUUUUAACUAGGAUCAUUCUUACCUACGCCGCUGAGAUCCUCGGGUCCCUUGCAUGGAUGGGAGCUGUGGCCCAAGUCUGGACCCUCCCAAUGCUUAUCUAUAUGAAUGUGGUCGAUUUCAGUCAGACCAAGAGAUGGGUUGCGUGGACGGUCCUGACCUUGAUUCUUUCGUUCCCCAGUCCUCAUGCACUCCAAGCGGGAUGGAACUCUCGCAACUCCAAUAGCGUGCGGUCCCGGGCACUAUCAGCGGCUAUGUAUAAUAUGUGCACGCAGCUAUCCGGGAUAAUCGCGUCGAAUGUCUAUCAAGAUUGGGACGCUCCUCGCUAUGUGCAGGGCAACCGAGUGCUUCUCGCUCUGGUCUGCACCAACAUCGCCGUGUACGCCUUGACCAAGAUCUACUAUAUACUGCGUAACCGUCACCGAGAUCGGAAGUGGACGGGGAUGACGGAGGAGCAGAGAAUUGACUACAUCGCAACCACAAAGGAUACAGGGAAUAAGCGAUUAGAUUUUCGGUUUGCGCAUUAA